AUUCAGCGAGAAUGUUUCAAUAAGAACAACGAUAAUCUCAAUUUUCAUCGACUCUGAUAUUAGGAUUUCAUCAUCGUCUUCUUUGUGAGAAAGUUGAACCUAACAUGGACGCUACUGAUUGGAGAACACAACUUCAAGCUGAUUCUCGACAGAGAAUUGUUACUAAGAUACUGGAAACUCUGAAGAGACACCUUCCAAUUUCUGGCCCGGAGGCAUUGGUAGAGCUCAAUAAAAUUGCUGAAAAGUUCGAGAAAAAGAUAUCUAGUGCUGCUACAAGCCAGUCGGAUUAUCUACGAAAAAUCUCUCUUAAGAUGCUGGCGAUGGAGACUAAAUCCAACGCGUCUGCCAGUAGCCACCCACAGUAUCCAGCUGAAGUCAUAGAGUUGGACUAUGGUUCCCCCAACACUUCUGAAGCUGAUCAGUAGUGGCUACUAUUGUGAUUAAUUAGUUCAGUAAACAUUAAUGUGCUUGGUUGGUUCAUAGGAUUAGGCUUGGCACAUGGUUACAGUUAUGUUAUUGGCACAUUUACUGUCUUUAAAAAGAGUCUAGAGUUUUCUGUUUGUUUGUGGUGCACACAUUUACUAUCUGUUAAUAAAGGAUGUAAAAUU